UUCUCUGCUGAGAGUACUUGUAUUUUGGGUUUUUUGUUGCUGAACAAGCUUUAUUUUAUCGCGAAAUAAAAUGAUUAAGUUAAACGCUAAUGUCAGUAUGGGAACUAAUUCUUAACCGGUAAUCACGAAAAACGACCUCAAACGCGAACGAACGCUUUUUAAUACCUUCAACCGGGAUUAGAAUGAAGGCAUAAUGACGAAACCCCCGACAGAUAAUCUCCCGACCGUAAAACUGGUGGUGGUCGGCGACGGUGGCGUCGGCAAGAGCGCCAUCACCAUCCAGUUUUUCCAGAAACUCUUCGUCACCGACUACGAUCCUACCAUCGAAGACAGCUACCUGCAGCAUGUCGAAGUGGACGGCCAGUGGUGCAUGCUGGACGUUUUAGAUACGGCCGGACAGGAAGAGUUUAGCGCAAUGAGGGAACAGUACAUGAGGAAAGGCGACGGGUUCUUGUUGGUCUAUUCCGUAACCGACAAGAAUAGCUAUGAGAACAUUAUACAUUUUCACACUCAGAUAUUGAGAGUAAAGGACAGAGAUACGUAUCCUAUGCUCUUGGUGGCGAAUAAAGUAGAUCUGGUGCACCUGCGAAAGGUAACCGAGGAACAGGGAAGGGAAUUGGCUCACAAGUUAGGCAUACCCUAUAUCGAGACGAGCGCUAAAGAUCCCCCGCUCAACAUUGACGCGACAUUUCACGAGGUGGUGAGGAUCAUACGAAACCAACCACAGAAUGACAGUGACAAGAGGAAAAAGAAGAAGCUGCAAAAGUUCUCCAAGUGCGUUUUGGUUUAGGUAUUUUCAGUUUCAGUCCAGAUUUUGGGUAAUAUAUUAUAUAUGUUCGUCGUUACUAUGUAUGUGCCAGUCUUUUCGAUUGUGUCUUGUAUAAAACUAACACAAUAUUGAGUUAGCUUGUUGAUGUUUUACGAUUUUUGCUGGCUACCAAAGCAAAUUUAUUUUGAUCGUUAAUAAUGCACAACUUACAGUACAAUUCCGUUUAUCCGGAAAAUUUCUCCAAAGAUUUAGUUUUGGGUUAAUUAUACAUCGAACGUUUUUAUCUGGCGGGUGUUUAAAAAUAGCCGUUGCCGGCUUCAAAAAUUGGCCUAAUUCCAGUUGCUUUCGAAUGUUUAUACUGUCCUGAUCGCCGCUCACAGAACGUAACGAUAUCGGACUGACAACCACGUUUUCACUUCUAUUAUUAAUCCGUAUUUUGUAUUAACGCUGUAGAUUAUUGAAUAUAAAUCGAUGUU